GUAUCGCGUGAAUAGUAAGCAAUUCACUUCCUGUAUGUGAAUGUGUUGAUUUUCAUGCGACUUACACAAAUGUGUGCAUCUGUCAGCCAGAGGUGAACAUGGCUGAAGUCUCGGAGAGGACGCUACAAGUCGCCGUCGUGGUUUCUUUUGCUGCCGGCUUUGUAGCGGGGUGGCAGGCUAACAGAAUGAGGAGAAAGUUUCUGGACUGGAGGAAGAAACGGCUGCAAGAUAAACUGUCAGAAACUCAGAAGAAGCUGGAUUUGGCUUGAAUGGUCUGGGGUUGUCUGGUCUUCUCUGUGAAGCUGCUGGAUCCUGGAUGUGCUACACGUCUGUCACUGUGGAAAAGAGACCUCAAAAUGACCUACCUGUGUUCUGCACUACCCACAUUUUCUUAUCACACCUUUUUAAAUUAAGACUGGACUUGACAUAUAGUAUGGUCUAUGGAAAUACAAUCACCUACAAACAGCAGCUUCUUUUCUCCCCUCAGACAGUCUGGCUAUUCUGGGAUAGUGGG